AUGCGAUUUGAUCUGUUUUUCAUCUGCGUCUUCUGGACGCUCCAGGUAUUUCUCUUUUGCAAGGCGACCCCGCCUAGGAGCUCAACGAACUUCGACCGCGUGGAAGAGGCGCUUCCCCUCCCUGAACAUGUCCCCCGUGAAAGCGUUACCACAUAUGCAUUGCCAUUGCUCGGAGCGGGUGGCGUACCCAUCAGAAGGGGAGGUGUUCCGCUGGAACCGUUCGGAAUUGCAACUCGGCCUCGAAGGCCAACAUUGACCCAUGCCAUACCCAUUAGGCAAGUUGAUCCUGGUCAGUCGGUGUCUGCUCCUCUCUAUAGAUCGGGCUCGACCUCUCGUGAUGGAAGGGGACCACCCUUGCCCUAUAGACCACUCGUGAGACCAGUCGAGCCUGGUCAGUACGGGUUCGCCCCCGUCCACUAUUCCGGCCGGCCUCGAAGGCCGACAUUGACCCAUGCCAUACCCAUUAGGCAAGUUGAUCCUGGUCAGUCGGUGUCCGCUCCUCUCUAUAGAUCGGUCUCGACCUCUCGUGAUGGAAGGGGACCACCCUUGCCCUAUAGACCACUCGUGAGACCAGUCAAGCCUGGCCAGUACGGGUUCGUCCCCGUCCACUAUUCCGGUCGGCCUCCAAGGCCGACAUUGACCUAUGCCAUACCCAUUAGGCAAGUUGAUCCUGGUCAGUCGGUGUCCGCUCCUCUCUAUAGAUCGGUCUCGACCUCUCGUGAUGGAAAGGGACCACCCUUGCCCUAUAGACCACUCGUGAGACCAGUCGAGCCUGGUCAGUACGGGUUCGCCCCCGUCCACUAUUCCGGCCGGCCUCGAAGGCCGACAUUGACCCAUGCCAUACCCAUUAGGCAAGUUGAUCCUGGUCAGUCGGUGUCCGCUCCUCUCUAUAGAUCGGUCUCGACCUCUCGUGAUGGAAGGGGACCACCCUUGCCCUAUAGACCACUCGUGAGACCAGUCAAGCCUGGCCAGUACGGGUUCGUCCCCGUCCACUAUUCCGGUCGGCCUCCAAGGCCGACAUUGACCUAUGCCAUACCCAUUAGGCAAGUUGAUCCUGGUCAGUCGGUGUCCGCUCCUCUCUAUAGAUCGGUCUCGACCUCUCGUGAUGGAAAGGGACCACCCUUGCCCUAUAGACCACUCGUGAGACCAGUCGAGCCUGGUCAGUACGGGUUCGCCCCCGUCCACUAUUCCGGCCGGACCUCUCGGUUUGCGAGUGGAAGGAUCGGUGGAUCGAAGCCCCCCCAAGUCGAGGCCUUGUGGAAGGAAUAUCGCAGAAGGUACAGCGAGCAGCUGCCGGUACUAUUCGGCCCAAACGCUGAGCAGAAUAGGGAAGAGGAGGCAGAAACGUUCCAGAAAUACAAAGCCCGACUCGCGGAGCUAGACCACCUUCGAAAGUGA